AGGAAACUGGUAUAAGUCUAGGCUCGCCUGAUCAAGUAUGUAAAUACAGCGAACGCACGAGAGGUGCUCUAACACACGGCAGAUCGUCACACCUGUUAGCAGCGACACCAAGCGGGGAAAGGAUAUAGCAUCACUCAACAUGAACCGGAAUGCGCUUCUUCCUUUUUUCUCCAAUCGUCCCCACAAGCUCUGUGAUGCUGUCUCGUGUGUUCAGAGUACACGGCCAUUUCUGUGCCUCUCACCCAUGGGAAGUGAUCAUUGGCACAGUGACCACAACACUAUGCCUCAUGUCCAUGAGUGUCUUCACUGGCAGCAAUAAAAUCUGUGGCUGGAACUACAACUGCCACAAUGAGGAGGACUGGAAGAGCUCUGAUAUGAUCAUUCUCUCCAUCACACGUUGCCUUGCUGUCAUGUACAUCUAUCUGCAGUUCCGCAACUUGCGACGUCUGGGCUCCAAGUACCUCCUGGGUAUAUCUGGAGUUUUCACCAUCUUCUCAAGCUUUGUGUUCAGCGUUGCCAUCAUCAACCUCCUUGGCAACAAUCUGAAAGGACUUGAUGAGGCUCUGCCAUUUUUCUUGCUGUUGAUUGACCUGUCUAAAGCCAGCGCCCUGGCUCGGUUCGCCCUCAACUCCUCCACACAGGAUGAAGUGAGAGAGAACAUAGCUAAAGGCAUGGCCCUCAUUGGUCCAUCAAUCACCCUGGAUGCCAUUGUGGAAACUCUGGUUAUUGGCGUCGGAACACUGUCAGGUGUUCGUCAGCUGGAAACCAUGUGCUGUUUUGGCUGUCUGUCUGUCAUGGCUAACUACCUUGCCUUCAUGACCUUCUACCCAGCCUGUCUGGCACUGGUCCUGGAGCUGACGAGGGUACGUAAUCAUGGCCGCCCCAUGUGGCAGCUGCGGCAGCUGGCUCAGAUCCUGCAGCAGGAGGAAGAAGAGACCAAGCCCAACCCUGUUACCCAGAGAGUCAAGAUCAUCAUGUCUGCUGGGUUGGUACUUGUACAUGCCCACAGUCGAUGGGUGGCUGGAGCAGACAACGCUGCCACUCAGAUGACCUCAGUCAUGACCCCAGCAGAGCAGGCUUUGAUGGACCAGAGAAUCAACCCUGAUGUACCUCUGUGGCAGUUCUAUGUUCAGAGAAUGUUUCUGGGAAGAGCUGAUUAUGCAAUGACCCUCGUUUUGGCAAUCGUCCUUACAUGCAAAUAUAUAUUCAUGGACACUGAAGUUGACCGCGAAGUGGAAGACAUGCUAAAGACAGCCUCCACUGACAAGACAGUUGCAGAAAUUGGAACUAAUACCACCAGUGACUCACAGACAGAGGCCGUUGAAGUUAAGUCUGAUGGACAAGUCAGUACUCCAUUCAAACCAGGUGCAUCCUUCAUCAUCGGUGAAUAUGAUGACAGCUCUGAUGACGAGAAGGAAGACAAGUCAACUCAGACAGAGGUGGAUGAUGAAGCAUUCAAGCCGCUCCAGCUACUGAUGAAACCCAAGCAACCUCGCUGUCUGGAAGACUGUUUAGCCAUCAUGAAGUCAGAUGAUGGCCCUGGGGUGCUGACUGAUGCAGAGAUCCAGCUACUGGUGGAGAGGAAGCACAUCCCGGCCUACAAGCUGGAGAGUAUUUUACAGGACUACGUCAGAGGUGUCGCCAUCAGACGACGGAUGGUUUCUGAAAAACUUGCUGCCACUGAUGCUUUGGAGACGUUGCCAUAUGAACACUAUGAUUACAAAUAUGUUGACGGGGCCUGCUGUGAGAAUGUGAUUGGCUACAUGCCUUUACCAGUGGGUGUCGCAGGUCCCCUGCUCCUUGAUGGCGUCAAGUACCAGGUUCCCAUGGCAACAACGGAAGGAUGUUUGGUUGCCAGCACCAACAGAGGCUGUCGAGCAAUUGAACAAAGUGGAGGAGCCCACAGCAUGGUCAUCAAUGAAGGCAUGACCCGCGCACCAGUCGUUCGGUUCCCUACGGCCAAGAGAGCAAGUGAGGUGAAACUUUGGAUGGAGGACAAGGAGAAUUUUGAGCUGAUCAAGGAAGCAUUUGAUCUCACAAGCAGGUUUGCUCGCCUACAGAGACUCCAAAUUGCCCAGGCCGGACGCCUGUUGUAUGUGAGGUUUGUGGCCAAGACUGGGGACGCUAUGGGCAUGAACAUGCUGUCUAAGGUAGGAAGGAGACAAGCAAAGAGCAUGAGUCAGGAUAAGUAUAAAAUAUCAAUUUUACUCAAAAAUUACAUUUUCUACUGCACAGACAAGAAACCAUCAGCUAUCAAUUGGAUUGAAGGGCGUGGAAAGUCGGUUGUAUGCGAGGUGGUUGUCCCUGGCCAGGUUGUCAAGAAGCUACUCAAGACAUCAGUCCCAGCCCUAGUUGACCUCAACAUCACCAAGAACCUGAUUGGGUCUGCUAUGGCUGGAAGCAUCGGGGGCUUCAACGCUCACUCUGCCAACAUCGUCACUGCCAUCUUCAUUGCCACUGGACAGGAUCCCGCCCAGAAUGUGGCCAGCUCUAACUGCAUGACAUUGAUUGAAGCAACAGGCCCACAUCAUGAGGACCUCUACAUCAGCUGUACCAUGCCGUCAAUAGAAAUCGGAACUGUUGGGGGCGGCACUGUUCUUCCUCCGCAAUCAGCCUGUCUGCAGAUGCUGGGGGUAAAGGGAGCAUCUAACAGACCUGGUGACAAUGCUCGUACCCUGGCGCGAGUUGUAUGUGCCACCGUCCUUGCUGGAGAACUCUCCCUUCUGUCUGCGCUGGCCGCUGGUCAUCUAGUAAAGAGCCACCUCACUCACAACAGGUCUAGCAUGAACAUGGCUGCCACUGCCACUCCAGCUCUGCCUCAACAACGGAAGACAGAGCCUGUCCUCAACUCCUGCCUGCACAAAGCAUCAUGAUGACAGUCCCUAUAGGUGUCUCUGUUCCACUCAGCACUAGUCAAAACCUGAUUUCAAAGUCAAAAUCUAAACCAUCCUCCGAACGUAACCACAUCAACUACUUCCAGCAGAUAUAGCAGUGACCAUCUUCGAGGUGGUAGAUGUAGUGUGUAUUAUGUUAUUGCUCUUCAUGCUCUUUAAAGGGUAACUGUUCCAACGUUGUUAACACAUUGCCAGCAAGCGCAAUGUGAAUACAGUGUCCACUACCUGGUUUCAAGGCUAGCACUGGAAGUGUCCAUGUGCCUCACAGUCAAGCCUUUCAAAGCUAAAUCAUAUAUGGUCAUUACAAGUGUUGUCCCGAAAUCCAGAAUUUGUUUGUGAAGUGACAUUUAGAAUUUUCUUGCAGAAAUACUGGUAGUUGUUUUAUAGAACUGUAUGCUAAACACAACUCUUUUAAGGUGAUGCAAGCUUUUGUAGACUUUCUAUGUUUCUGCUCAGCUUCCAUUCUCGGUGCUAAGAAAUCUGGUUGUCCAACCAUCUUCCAGCAUUUUCUGUCUUGCUGAUUAUAGGUGCUGAUGUAAAUGAGACCAGUUGUGUUGUUCCGUACGUCCAUGUCAGCUUUUGGGACAGUCUCUCUGUCCUUUGUGUAUUCUGUGUAUUCUAGAGACUCUAGCAUGAAGCCCCAAUGUGUCCUGACUCUGUUGGGACCGAAAGUCAGCUAAUGACGGCCCAGCUGUAACAGGCUCAGUAUCAGAUCUACCGGUGUACUAAAUGUUGUAGUCCAUGUUCAUGUUUUAUAUAUUGUUGGAUUGGAUCGUCGCACCCUAUGACGUGCUCCAGUGUAUGAUCAUUAUUGCUGCACUGAAGACAUCUAAUCCAACUCGUUAUCUGUCCAUCACUGACAAAUAGAAUGACAAUCCAUAUCAUGAAUUAAGGGUUGAGAUGCAAUAUCGAUCUGAGAGUGAUAUUAAUAAAUUAUAUGGUUGAGUUUCGUUAAUGUGUUCAGACGUGAUGAGUAGUUUGAAUGAGUUACUGGGGUAUAUGAAGCAUUGUGCAGCCUUUGAAAUGAUGUAUCAUGUACCAUGUUGAGGGUAGCUUGUUGACUUGGUUGAUCACACCAACAGUGUCCAACUAAGAUGAACUAGUCCUGCUGGUAUCACUAGGCAGGCUAUCCAGGUACACAAUUACAAAAGAAAUACACCUCGCAUUUUACAAACACAGACUGGCUUGCAAAGAACCUAUGUUGUAUUUGUUAAUAUUGGUAUUCAUUACAAAACAGAUUUUUCAACAAGUUGUUUUUGAAAAAAUAGCAUGGAAUGUAAUUGUCUCAAAGAUCAUGCUACCCUUUGCAUAUUGUCCUUGUCCUAGUUGUCAAAAUGUGUCAAUUUCUUCAUUAACAAAAUACAGACUGGCUAUUUUGAACUAUUUGUGAAAGUCAGUUGUGUACUGGCAAAUAUAUCUUUGUUGAAAACGACUUGAAGAUUCUGGAUGAGGCAUUAAACUUGCCCUCCCCCUGGAGACACUUCCUGUUUAAAUUGUCAUUGUUGGUACACAAGCCUCCUGCAGGUCAGAUAUGUGGAUACACACAGAUUUGUGUGAUGGAACACCAUUCAUGUACACCUUGGAGUAUUAUGGCAUUUAUGAGGGCAUUUAUUACACAUUAGACUGCACAUUACUGAUCAGCCAUUGUAUCCUUGGCUGAUCAUGUUUUUUAUGCUAGGAUGUCAUAAUAUAAAUCAUGUUUCAUGGCUUCAGACAACUCAGUAAGCAAUGUGCAUAAAUCUGAUAUGUCAUCCCGCUCUUGAUUCUGUCAGAUUUAUUUAUCUUCAUUGUUUCUGAUUGGUUUUUAUAUAGUUUCACAAAAAAGUAUUGCAUAUGUAUCCAUGUACGACAAUAAUUGGAAAUAUCCUUGAAAAUAAUGUAUUGCUGAAAAUAAGCACCUAACUGUUCAGUUUUCAUCUUUUUCUAUAAUUCCUUGUUUGUUUCGGCAUGAAAAAGGGGGUACUGAAAUUGGGGUUAAACAGCUUUGGUUGCAUUUUCUGUAUUGUAGGUGUUAAAGAUCUUCCCAAUAUCCUAUAUCAAUAUCUUCCCUGUAAUAGAGGUAGGUGAGUAAGGCUUACUGAGGAAAUGAAACCCUGUUUUCAGACAGGAUGAUAUUCAGAAUGUCAGUUUUGAUGAAUAACUGAAGGAUACACAGGGAGGAAGAGUAGCCCCAGCUUAUGUUUUGUUUGUAUGUUUAAGGUGUUUUGUUUAAGAACAUUACUUGUUGAAAGUGUGUAACUAUCAAGGUACAGCUGUGAUAUUAGAUUUGUAGCCUAGGUUACAUGUCCAUCAUUAAAAUAUGAUUCAGGACCACUCCUGUUAACCUGACUUAUAGAGGCUCGUGAUCGCAGUUACCUCCCUUGUCAUGAUGUUGAUUUAGGAGCAGACUUGAUUGAAAUGGGCCUUGGUUGUCAAAGGCUGGCUGAAUGAGAGAGAUUGUGAUUGUGUAUGUUUGAUAGAUGAAAAAAUACAUUUGUUUUGUCAUUGAAUCAUUCCAUCCCAGCGCCAGCUGUCAAUGUCACAUCUGUCUUAAGUUUUUGUCUUGCAGGUAGACAUGUCAAUAAUGUAUGUUUUGGAACUAAUCAUAAUGACAAUAUUGAAAUAUUGACAUUGUAUUUUUGGAAAAUUGACAUGGUAUUGUUAUAAUAUUGAAAUUGGUAAUAAUUUUUUAACAUUCUUUAUUUUCAAGGCCAAAAUUACCUAUUAUGCUCUGCACUUCAUUUUUGCUCUCUCAUCUAUUAGCUGACAACAGUGAAAUAUUGUUCGAAGUGUUAUUAAAAUAUUAAUCCAGGAUGAUACGAUUCCUUGUGUUUGGUAUAUCUGUGUGCAUUCGUGUACUGUUUUAUUUCAUGUAUUAAUCAUUCUAUUAAUGUAACAGCCUCUUUAUUACCGUAGAUUGUAAGUCAUGGUGUGGAUGGUAAGAGGUUAUGUGUCAGUGUGCAGGUAUGCUAUGUACAUUUUGUGAAAGAGAAAAUAUAUUUUAUCUAUGUACAUUUUGUAAUUAUGUAAAGAAAUGAUGAGUGUAUUUAUUACAUAUUCCUAUCCGCAUCAGCACUGUGCUUACAUAUUUAUUUAUGGAAAUUAUGACUGAUCUUUUGAAUGAAAAUAAAUAUAUUGAUCUUUCAAAAA